AUGUGGCCUUACCUUCAAGUAGUAAGUAGUUUAGUUAAGACUGUAUGAGAAAGCCAUUACAGAUAUCGUAUUUUACACAAAACUUUAUGUAAAAUAUUAGUGUAAUAUAUGAUCUUAUUGCAGGUAAAAGAAGAUGUAAACUUAAUAUUGGUAUCAAAAUAUAUUUGCAGCUAGACCCAUCAGUAACAGAACAAUUCUACGGUUACGUUGUAGCUAUCUACUCUUUCGCUCAAAUUCUUGGCGGCCCUUUAAUUGGCUACUGGAGUCAUAAAAUCAAAAGUGUAAAAGAACCUAUAAUAAUAUGUUUGGCCAUCAGUAUUUUUGGAAACCUACUGUAUCUAUGUGCACAAACGGUUGAGAAAACAGCUUACAGAAGAUAUAUCAUACUGGCUUCUAGAGCUAUCAUUGGGUUUUCUGCUAGUAAGUUAGCGGUUUUUGUUUUGUGUAAAGCGACAUGAUAUAAUUAGAAUGUAGAGCAAUACUGACAGUAAUAUACAGAAGUUGAUGUUGAUUGUACUAUUCUUGUUUUUUUUGUAAGUAACAGUAAUAUUUAGGUAUUGUAAGUUUGUUAAGAAGCUUUGGGGUUAUGGCGAGUAAAGCUGAAGAUCGUUCGAGGACUGUAGCUUUCAUUACCGGAGGCUUUGCUCUUGGUAUGACCACAGGACCAGGUAUAUAAGUUCAUGAUUAAUAUUAUACUAGUUUUAACUAAUAUUGAACUUGUUUAUAGCUGAUACAAAAAGUUACAUUUAACUUUAUAAUCAAAACUACUAUAUUUUCAAAAAUAUUUUUAGUUUUAUCAAGUAUUAGGUUGUUCAAAUAAUUUUGCACUCAUUUUCAAUGCAAAUUGUUGGUGUUAUGGAGCACAGAAUUAUAUGAACAACCUAAUAUUUAAAAAAAUUAUUUUUAUCUUUUUAAAUAUGAAAAAGUUUUAAAAAAUUAUACUUUUUAGCUGUUCAACUCCUCUUCACAUCUUUAAAUUAUCCUGGUUUUGAGUUAUUCGGCGGGGUACUGAUCAACAUGUACACUGCCCCAUCAUUCGUAGCGUUCGUAGUAAAUGCAUUUGGAAUUGGUGCCAUUAUUUCUUUGUUCGAAGAAAAAUAUGCUGGCAUUUCGAAGAAAGUUCAAGUUAAUGUAAGGAUUGUCAAUUUACCUCCCUUUUUGAAAUAUACUUUAGAAUUUGCUUUGGUCAUAAUAAUAUAUCGACUGGUCAUUUUAGGAAAAUGGAGAACUAGAAAAAGUCCAAAUUCCACCGUAUGACAAGUUGGCCGUUCUCAUUUGUUGUUUCACAAGAUUCACUCAAAUGUUCACUUACACUAACUUGGAAACGUGAGUUGUUACCUAAAGAUGUAACUUAAACUUUUUUUUUUAAUUUGCAUAUUUAUUAGAAUUAUUCAAAAAAAAGUUAAAAAAUUUUUUUUUGUAAAAUAUGCAAAUUCAUGAGUCUAAAAUAAUGUUUCAGAUUAGGCAGUCCAAUGGCGAUGACAAUGUUUGCCCUAACCAAAAAAGAAGCUGUCACUACCGUAGCUACAGCUCAUGCCUUUCUCAGUACAUUUGCUUUUGUCAUAUAUGCUGGAUUUGCGGCCAAAAAGUUGGAUAAGUAGUAAGUUAUAUUACUUUGUUUUAAACCUAUUUGAACUAUCAUUACUUACAAAAAGUUAUGUUUACAUACUUAACUACUAUAGCCACUAUCAGGGUUAGUAAAGCCUCUUACGAGACAAAACUGCCACUUUUCAGUGUAAACUUCCGAAAGAUGUGUAUAGGAGGCCUGCUCUUACUGGGCCUCUUCCAUAUCAUAACCUACUCUUACCCCUUCCUACCUGGCCAUCUUAAAACAUACGAUUCAUCUGACUUCUACAAUAAUACUGAGCCGGUUGGCUGUAACAAAGACAGAUUCUCAUGGUGUGACACAGUAAACCCAGUCAACAUAUGGGUGUUCUACAUAGCCUACUCGGUUUGUAUUGGCCUAGCUUUUCCUGGGGUUAAUCUGUCCAUGAAUACGUUAUAUACACAGAUUAUUGGGCCUAGAAGACAGACAACGUUACAAGGGAUUCAGCAAAUGUUUGGCAGUGUGGCCAGAUUGACUGGACCGUUGAUUAUUAGGUAAUAAUAUUGUAGUAUUAGAGCAAGAUUUAAGUACGUGCGGUCAUAGUACUACAUAUAAAGGGCUAGCAAAGGCAAAGUAACAUAAUAUUGUUUCUUUAACUAUAUAUUUAUAUAUGUAUAUGUAUUAUAUGUAUUAUGCUUCCUUUUAACUUUAAUUUUUUUCAGUAGCAUCUACCAAGCCUACGGACCUACAAUAUCAUGGGAUAUUGAGAUUGUAGUAAUUGCCUUUACUAUAAUUGUCCACAUUGUAUAUCGGAAGAGACUAGUGCCAUUAAAAGUUUGA